AUGAUUACAUUAAUAUCUAGUGUCACUAGCCUCACUACAAAAGUAUUUUUAUAACACAGCUAGCCUUUCUUAAGCCUUCACUAGUCUCUGUAACACGGUAGCCUUUCUUCAAAAAGUUUUGCCUCUCUAUAACGCAUUCGGUCUCGUUACAGUGUCACCUUCUUGCAGAAAGCUUUAUUAUAACACCGAUUAUCUUCAUAUAGUGUCAGUAGCUUUCCUUUAACAGUUUCAAGGCUAAUUUAUUGCUCCUACCCAAAAAUAUCCCAUGCAUACCCUGCAACGUACUGUAUUCCAUCAUACAAUAGCUCAGUUUUACUGUUACUUUUCUUGUUAACGGGCGCAUUACGUAGAGUUAAUAUCAUUAUUUGUCAUGUUUCAGGCGACAGUUUUGAUACUAACCAUCUGUUACGCUGAAUAUUUGCCAACGGGGUUAUGAAAUUUUUACAUUAAGAGCUGCGGGAUAUAAAUUCAUCUUCUCUUCUACACUUUCAGAUGUCUGAAAACUGAUCUAAAAACUUGGAUGCUCCAGUGAACUUUUUAAAUAGGAGGACAAACAAACGAGGUGUACGUGUGAAUAAACGUCAAUAAAAAUUAUCUUGGCUAAUAAAUGGCUGAAUGAGACGCGUGAUGUUUUCAAAAUCGACCAAUAGUAGAACAAUGACGUGUACUGGGAGAAUUAUUUUUAGCUGUUCCAUCGAUUUAACCGAUCAAUUUGUCCGGCUACUGGUCAUUACUUUUAUUCUUCCAAAAAUUCAGUUAUCAUAUGCAUCGCGUGUGCUAACUCGUAAAGGUAUACAACCCUAUCGAAACAUUGACUAUAAUUUAACACGUUGCUAAAUUGAAGACACGUAUCCUGUACUUAGAAAAGUCUUUAUACUAUCGAAAAUAACCCCUUUGGAACGUGCUAUGGAAAUAUUUUGUACACACCCAUUCAACUACUAGAAACUGGCAUGUGUAGUUUGAAUGGGUGUGCGCGGGAUAUCAGCUGUAUGACGGUAUAUUGAGGGUUUGUUUGCAACGUUAGGGUGUUUACGAGAUAACUAAUGGCUUAGAUAGAUAAUCGAGGACGUUUACAACGUAUUCACGAAGUUCUGUUUCCUUGAGAUCAUGUCGGAUUUGUUUUAUGAAGAUAGCCUAAUAGUUGAUUUCUUGCAAAACAGAACGAAAGAUUGAGUUUGGCCGUACCUAUGUUAGAAUCGGACUUUCGAUCCUUUCGACCUUUGACCUCCCGAAAUCACCAUGCUGCUACCAAGGAGACGAAGUCUCAUCCUCAAACUUAUCCUGUUAGUUCCCAUCACGUGGUUCGUUGUGACCCUGCUAUUGACCCACGGCGACAAACUACAUCCAGACACCAAAGAUGACCUAGAUGGCAGGGCGGCCAAAGUGGUGCUUCCAAAUUCCGUAUACAUAGGAAAAGGUGAAAACGAUGGGGUCAGAGGUCAUCAGAAGCGAGAUAGCGUAGAGCAGAAGGGUGUCCUACCUAUUCCGCACGAACCAAAUGGUCCUGGUGAAUUGGGUAAGCCCGUAAAAUUAUCCAAUCUCACGGACGAGCAGCAACGCAUAGUCAAAGAAGGAUGGCAGAAGAAUGCAUUUAAUCAGUACGUCAGCGAUAUGAUUUCACUUCACAGGAGCUUACCGGAUGUUCGGGAUAAAGAGUGCAGGAACGAGAAAUAUCAAAAAAAACUUCCAGCCACGAGUGUUAUAAUAUGCUUCCAUAAUGAAGCGUGGAGUGUACUCCUGCGUACUGUAUACAGCGUUCUGGACAGAUCUCCCGACGAUUAUGUGAAAGAAGUGAUACUCGUGGACGACUUCUCCGAUCUUCCUCAUUUAGGUAAGCAACUGGAAGAAUUCGUCAAUCAGACCAAAAAGGUUCGGCUGGUCCGCGCCAAACGCAGGGAAGGUCUCAUCCGCGCUCGUCUGUUGGGUGCAUCCGCUGCCACUGCACCUAUCCUCACUUAUCUAGACUCACAUUGUGAAUGUACAGAAGGAUGGUUAGAACCGCUCUUAGAUCGUAUUGCACGAAACUCCUCGACUGUGGUGUGCCCAGUUAUUGAUGUAAUUAAUGACGACACGUUCGAGUACCAUUUUAGAGAUUCCUCGGGGUUGAAUGUCGGAGGAUUUGAUUGGAAUCUUCAGUUUAACUGGCAUGCUGUACCAGAUAGGGAGAAGAGGAGGAGAAAACACAUGUGGGACCCUGUCUGGUCUCCCACGAUGGCCGGUGGCUUAUUUGCAAUAGACAAACAAUUUUUUGAGAAAUUAGGUACUUACGACAGCGGGUUUGACAUUUGGGGAGGGGAAAACUUAGAAUUAUCCUUUAAGACUUGGAUGUGUGGAGGGACUUUAGAAAUUGUUCCCUGCUCUCAUGUGGGGCACAUCUUCCGUAAACGUAGUCCUUAUAAAUGGAGGUCUGGAGUCAAUGUGCUUAAAAGAAAUUCUGUACGACUAGCAGCUGUAUGGUUAGACGAUUACUCUAAAUAUUAUUAUCAGCGCAUUGGCUACGACUUGGGUGACUAUGGUGAUAUUAGCAAGCGGUCGGAGUUACGUAAAAAGCUGAAAUGCAAAACUUUUGACUGGUAUUUAAAAAAUGUGUAUCCUGAAUUAUUUAUCCCAGGAGAAGCAGUUGCUUCAGGAGAGGUUCGUAAUCUCGGUAUGGGUUCUGGUACCUGCCUUGACAGCCCCGCGAGACGGGACGACCUACACAAACCUGUAGGACUCUAUCCAUGCCACGGGCAGGGUGGUAACCAGUUCUGGAUGCUUAGCAAACAAGGCGAGAUUAGGAGAGACGAAGCUUGUCUGGAUUAUGCGGGAAAAGACGUCAUUCUCUACCCCUGUCACGGCUCCAAGGGUAAUCAGCUGUGGAUAUAUAAUCCGGAUACUCACAGAAUAAGACACGGGAGCAGCGGCAAGUGUCUGGAGAUGUCCACAGACAAGCAGCAUCUGUUGAUGAGAGAGUGCUCGUCCGAAGUGAGGCAGCAAUGGAACUUUCAAAACUACGAUGCUUCAAAAGCGGCCGGCAAUUAACGAUCGAUAAACUUAGUCGCGUUGCAAAUUUUACUUCCCUCCGGUCGUCCGGAUAAUCGGGAUUCCGCUCGAAAGACGUGGAGAGAGAGAAACGUGCGACCGUCGACGAAUCGUCAACGAAAGUGCCAUUUUUGUUCUCGCAGUAUUAACGGCCGUGGAACUCCGACCCGUCGAGGACCAAGGAAGAUCUCUUUCGAAAAACAUGCAAAAACACUUGUAAACAAGAAAAAAUUGCCUUAAGACAGUCUAAAACGAGGGAUGCCAAACCCCCAUCACGUGCCUUAAGUGUAUCGUCGUAACGGCGUAAUGGCCGACGUAAAUCGGUAGUGUUGACAAUUUCGAGUAGCGACGAUUUAUUUCCGAAACGAGGAAGCCCAACACGAGAAAGACAUUCCAUAAUACUUCAAAGCACGUGUGAUAUCGUGUGACCGUCUGUGGACGGGCGGCGACAUUCCACCGAGACUGUAACGUGAUGGGACAAUUUUUUAAUUAGGCAGGUCUACCGUAACUUAGUAAAUUUAGGGGUUUCUUUUUGUUUUCUUCCUCGUAGUUACGACCAGGGAAUAUUUUUUGUCGUUAUUAUUAUUGUUAUUAUUAUUAUUUUCCUUUCGUAUAAUCUUGUGUUCAGUGCUAAAUCAUUUGUUGUACAUUCCCGGAAGUAAAAUAAGAAUUGAUGAAUUCGUGUACAAAGUUACUGUACAGAAAAAAAAUAUAUUGUAACUGCAGGGAUAACAUUCGAGUGUAUGAUUUUUGAUAGAACGAAUAGGUUUUUACCAAAUGCCCAGUACUUUCUGCAAAAUUCUGGCACCAGAAAAUUCUUGGUAGGAGUCCUUCCAGUUUGUGCCUUAUACAAACACUUGUUUAUUCCCGAAAACAAUAAAUCUUCAAAAUCAACA